AUGGCUAAGAUGAAAGAGAAGGAACAUAAGAAAGCAAAUCUGAACAGAGAUAAGCAGGUGAGGGGGCACAGAGAUGAGAAGAGAGGGGUUCCAAGUGGAUCACAAUUUGGGGACAAUAAGGAAGUUCGCAGUGCAGACACCUAUCGUUCCGGAUCCAACGUGGGUGGCGCCCUGGGUCAGGCCGUGGGACUGCAACCUGUCUCCAGUGGCAGCUCAUUGGCACAUUGCAGCUGGCUUCUGCCUGGCCCAGAUGAGGAGGGGCAGUUUUGGAGUGAUCAUAAACAAAUCCUUCAGGGGAAACUAGAGGAAUGUAACUGUGUGGAAAUUAAACUUGAACCCCAGUUUAACCACUUCGAGUCUCUGAACCAAUUUUCCAAAGUCAGUUUAAAGGUGGGUGCCUUAGAGAAAAAGAGCUUCUUGCUGUCCUUCUCCACUUUGGAUGCAGAAUUUGUUGGUGUGAUUGGAUAUUUAGAGGACAUCAACAUAGGUUACGAGUUCCAGUUAUUAUAGAGAAAUUUCAUGGACAAGCACUACCAGGAAUUUGAAGACACAGACAAGAAUAAACUCACCUACCCACCUAUUUUUAAUGAAAACAUUUCUUUAGUGGAAAAGUAUAUCGAGGAAGAGCUGCCGGAUCAGAUUCCUGGAUUUAACACAGUGGCUUUCACAACAAUGCUACAGCACCGGAAAGAUGAAGUGGCUGGUGACAUAUUUGACAUUCUGCUCACAUUUAUAGACUUUUUGGCUUUUGAAGAAGUGUUUCUGGACUACAGAGCAAAAAAGGAAGGCCAGGAACUGGUCUUAAGCGGUGGUUUAGUGGUGAUUUCAUUGUGCAAGUCAUCUUCUAUGCCAACUUCCUAGAAGGGCCUGCGGCACUAGUUCCUACCUCCAGCCAAUUAUGAAUGGGAUUAUCCUGGCAAAAUUAUUCCACAUCAGACCCCUCUGGAGCAAGCCCAUGUCAAGCAUUCCACCUGGGAGGGGGGGCUUCCC